AUGCAGCCUCACAAGCGCAAACGUGCCCGCUUAGCGUGCCAGCCAUGCCGUGAACGCAAACGUAAGUGUGACGGGAGUGACCCUUGCGUUACCUGUUCCGACUGGGGCUACCGCUGCCACUACGAAGUGUAUCCACGGAAGCCUCGAGCAGCCAAACCGACUUCUCCAGCUACCCAUGUCGAGCCUCACUCUUCUCCACAUGAUACCUCUGGCCCCGCAACAGGAGGGUCGGACCAUUCGGGGCUGGUUCGACGCCUCGAGGCCAAUUCCGGGGCUGCUUUUGUGAGGAAGCUCGGUCUGAAGAUCGAUCCAGCGAAGGCCCCGAAACUGAACUUGUUUGGCUGGAAUAUUGGAGCGAGGCAGCUGUCCGCCUCGCUUCAGCCGACGCCAUUGCGGCUCACUGAGAUUACCUCACUGGGCCAUAUGAAGGAACUGGCUCAGGCCUACUUUACCAAGGUAGAUCCGUGCUAUGGGUUUAUCGAUAGGCACGAGUUCUUCGAGAGACUAGAAGCGCGAUGGCAAUCGCACGUAUCUGCCGCCAUCUUCGAUAGUGUCUUGGCCGGGGUGGCAGCAAUUGGUUGUUUAUUUUCUCAAAAAAAUCCUACCAUGACGGAGAUCCAUUUGACACAGACGGCUGUUUGCUGUUUGGAUACUCAUCGGUUGAGCGGCCCACCGAACAUCGAUCUGUUGACUGGCUGGGUGUUGCGGUCGAUCUACCUCCGGAUGACGGAUUCUCCAUAUGCCACAUGGAUCGCUAGCUCAACGACAAUGCACUUGCUAGAAGCGUCAGGACUCCACCCCGAGCCCUCCCCCGAUUCAGUGCUUCCCCACGGAGCCAAAUGCGACCCAGACAUCCGAAGAAGACUAGUCGGAGUCGCGCAUCACUUGAACGUGUGGACUUCCUUUGACUUGGGUCUGUCUCGGGUCUCUUUUCAACGGAAUGACUUACCCACGCCACCUGCUCCCAAAGCCGGCGACUACACUGGCGAAGUUCUCGGGCUCCUACCCAUGUCCGUGAGCCUUGAUCCUGGAAAAUCAAAAGAUGAGACGGAUCUUACGUCGGCCCUUUGUACGCUUUUGGAUGGCAGCCACACCCAGCCGCCAUCCGUGUUGGCGCAAUGCAAUCUCGUCCUGUGUGUUCUCCGGCGCAUCCAUACCCAAAACCUGGACAUCUCGUCUCCUGUCGCCGGUAGGGUUCUACAACUCCUUUCCAACGGACUAGCAUGUGCACGAAGGAUGGCGCUCGACUAUUCGCCGUGGCAUCAGGUAGCGAAUGUCCCCUUCCAAAUUAUCUGUGUCUUACUCACGAUGGAUACUCGGCCCUCCCUGGCAAUGCUCCCAGAGGCCAUGCAGACACUGAGCCUCGUGGCUUCUACUUACGACACAGAGACGAUGAGGGAGGCAUACAGCGCAGCCUAUCUGCUGGUUUUCCUGCACCAAAAACGCAGAAAGGACGACCUCGCCAUCUUCGGAGCAGCUCUCAACUGCCAGAACGAGAAGCAAUUUGAAUCCCCUCCACACCUUGACCCUGCCUCCGAGGAGUAUUCUUGGCUCGGGGCUCUGGUUGCUGAUAUGCCGGGGCUGCAACGAAUAGAUCUGGACCAAUUUCUUAAUUCGGAGAUGAUGGAUCCUUCUACGCUUCUUAAUGGGACCACUCUUUUGAACGGGUUUGAUUAG